GCUGAAGAAAACCUGGGCAUGGUGAUGAUCUUCACUCUGGUGACAGCCAUUCAGGAAAAGCUGAAUGAAAUCGUGGAUGAGAUGAAAAACAGGAGAGAAGAGGAGAAACGUCAGAAAGAGAGGGAGGCAGAAGAAGCAGAGAAGGUAGCAUUCCAAGGAACAGUGGUGACUAUCGAGAACUUCCUGGCGUGGAAAGCCAAGUUUGAGCAGGAGAUGGCCGAGCUGAGGAGGAAAAGGCUGAAAGAGGAGGAGCAGUCUGGAAAACCCAAACUCACAGGUAAACAGCUGUUUGAGAGGGAUCAUAACCUGGACACAUCAGAUAUUCAGUUUCUGGAAGAUGCUGGAAACAGUGUUGAAGUAGACGAGUCACUCUUCCAGGACAUUGAGGACUUGGACUUGGAUGAGGACGACCCRGACUUUGACCCUUUAGAGAUGGGCAGCGAUGAAGACUGAAGCAGUACAACUCUGGACUUUAAAAACUCAAACACACACACACACAAACCUGGCUCUACUCCUUCAUAUGAUCAGUCCAUUUUAAAGACUUGARAUAAUAUUUAAAGGGGAGUCGUAUUAUAUACAAGUCCUGCCAUAAGUGUGAUUAAAUGCCUACAAAUAUAGAUUGUCCAAAGUCUGUCUUAAGCUUUUGUGCUGUAGAACUCCAAAAGGACCGUCUUACCUGAAGAYGGCGGUAAAAGAUGAAGUUUAGUCUGAAAAUCAGUUUUUUUCUCUUGGUCUCCUUUCUAAACACUGACUGAUGGAAGUCUAAUUUCUUAAAGUGUUUAUGAGAAGACAGAAGACUACAGGAUGAUCUGUUAACUGGAUUACAGGGUAUCCGCGGGUCCUUAAAAAGUCUUAAAUUUACAUAUCUAAAAUUAAGGCCUUAAAACAUCUUAAAUUUGAUAAAAAAGUGUGCAAGUUGGUCUUAAGUUUGUUACUCAAAGUUCUUAAAUUUUAUCGGGCAGAAGUGAUUAAAGUUCUCCAUCUCCCCCA